UCAAAAACCUGUAUGGGCCCCCUCAAGCUUGGGGUAGGCUUCCUGAAGCAUAAAAUCUCUGAGUCUUGAGAUGGGCCCAUUAGACAUGAACUUGGCCAUCAAUAUACAUGUGUUUGUCAAAUUUACCAUGUCAAGCAAGAGCUCUGGUGAUUUUCCAAAAGACCUAGCAGUCAAGCUAGGUGAAAUGGACAAAGCCCUCAAGAAUUUGGAAAAAUCACUUGAUCCCUUCCUUUCUACUCCUCUAGAAGAAUCAUAUCAGUCAAUGACACCACUUCAGCGUGCCAAGUAUGAUCUGGUGUCAGCUUAUGCCAUGAACUCAUUGUUUUGGAUUUAUCUGCGCACCCGCGGCGAGGACACCCAGGAGCACGGCAUAAAGACGGAGCUGGAGCGUCUCAAGACCACCAUGCUGCGCGUCAAGGAAAUAGAGGACAAGGCCAAGGCGAUGCGCGUGGACCGGCCCGCCGCCCACCGCAUGGUCUCCAAGAGCCUGUGGCAGGCCAAGGAGAGGGCGCCCAAGGGCACGCCGGACGAAGGCAAGCGUUCAGCUGACGCAUCAGCGGAUCACGCCGUGAAGCGGAAAAAGAAGACGUGAGUUAAAACCUAACGUGCUUUAACUGCCAUGUGGAUUCAUCGUAUUACCGUAUUACGUGCGUCGUCAUCAUCCAUUGUCGUAUGCAAUAAACCUUACAAACCACA